AUGAGCACCAGCAUCUUUUUGCUCCUGGGUGUUCUUGGGCUUACCCAGGCGGGCACGUUGAAGAUUUGGAAUGGCACCGAGUGUCUGCCCCACUCCCAGCCUUGGCAGGUGGGACUGUUUGAGGGUACCAGCCUGCGCUGUGGGGGUGUCCUCAUUGACCGUAGGUGGGUUCUCACAGCUGCUCACUGCAGCGGAAGCAGGUACUGGGUGCGCCUGGGGGAACACAGCCUCAGCCAGCUGGACUGGACGGAGCAGAUCCGGCGCAGUGGCUUCUCCGUGACCCAUCCCAGCUACCAGGGAUCCCUGAUGAACCACGAGCACGACCUCCGGCUUCUGCGCCUGGGCUUGCCCGUCCGCUUGACCAACAGUGUCCAGACCCUGCCCUUGCCCAGUACUUGUGUGACCCCAGGCACCGAGUGCCACAUCUCAGGCUGGGGUACCACCAACCAUCCGUGGAACCCAUUCCCAGACAAGCUCCAGUGCCUCGACCUCCCCAUUGUCUCUGAUGCCACCUGCCGUGCUGUGUACCCCGGGAGAAUCACAGACAACAUGGUGUGUGCAGGUGGUGUCGCAGGGGAGGAUGCCUGCCAGGGUGAUUCUGGGGGUCCCCUGGUGUGUGGGGGAGUCCUUCAGGGUCUGGUAUCUUGGGGGUCUGUGGGACCUUGUGGACAAGAAGGCAUCCCAGGGGUCUACACCAAAAUUUGCAAUUAUGUGGACUGGAUCCGGAGCGUCAUAAGGAACAACUGA